AUGAGUGUAAAGAGUGCCAUAUAUGUAAUGUUUUCUAUGCUUGGGCAGUAUUUGUUUUGGAUUGCCAGGUGCGUAUUUGUAUUAGUUAAUUCUAUAGUGCAGAUAGGCACAUUAUAUUGUGUUUGUUUGAUAGAAGAUAUCACUAGAUUUGCGUUGUUUGUUAGCUUGGUGGUUACGUGGGGUAAAGCAGAGCUGGAGUUGGGUUUUGAAGGAGCAGUAAGUGUUUUGUGUAGUUGGGUCAUGGAGAGUGCAUUGUUUGCAACUUUUAAGCGUAUUAGUAGUGUGAUCAAGAAUCCAAUACCUGAUUUUGUAGUGAUUUUUUUUGGUAAAAGUUAUCUUUUAGCUCUUGAAAGGCUUGAUCAUAAGCCCUAUCUUCAACACUUGGCUG